AUGAGAGGUUAUUCAGAAAGGCAGAGCCUCAUCCGUGAUAUGUUUAUGAUUAUCGUAUGGAUGGAGCAUAACGAAGUGGAAGAUAUGGUCGACGCUGCGAUUUUACGACGGAAACCAUUCCCAACUGACGGGGAGAUAGCCUUCCCUAGAAACAGACUACUUCAGCUGAUGUAUGACCUCCUCUUAAGCGAUCGGGCAUUAUUUGAAGAACAACUUCAGAUCAUCCUGAGAAGCCGGUAUCUGUCUCCUCGUCCAACACCGAAAACUCGAGACGAAUUCGACCUCGAAAGGCUUUUCAACAUGCCAGACAUGGACUUCCGACAAGCUGCACGGACCACAAAAGCGGGCUUUGUUGAAGUACUUGACAUUAUCUGCAUGAACCCAGUCUUCCAUUGUGGGGGUAUUCGUCCGCAGCUACCAAUUGCUCAUCAACUGGCAUUGACUCUAGAGCGCCUGGGAUCAAAUGGGAAUGCAGCCUCUGUUGGCCGCUUCUCUCGGAACUUGAAUGUUAGCCGAAGCACUGUCAUCAAAGCCACUCAACAAGUCAUUGAGGCUCUUGUUUCCUUAGGUCGACAGUACGUUAUGUGGCCCAAUACCACUCGUUGGGCUGAGAUCUCCGAAGUUAUGAAGAACGAGGGAUUCGUUGGAUGUGUUGGAUUUGUUGACGGAACAACCAUUCCCCUAUUCCAGCGGCCUGGUUAUGACGGCGAGGUAUUCUAUGACCGAAAAAGACGGUAUUCGAUCAAUGCUCAAAUAAUCUGUGAUUGUGACAAGUACAUCACAUCAUUCAUCACAGGCUGGCCUGGUACAUGUGGGGAUAGCCUAGUUUACAAGCGGAUGCAGCUGCAUCUCAACCCCUCCCAGUAUUUUGAUGAUGGUCAGUACUUAUUGGCCGACUCAGCUUAUGAGGUCUCAAAAACAGUGGUUCCAGCCUACAAAAACCCAUCAGCCAAGAUUCCGAUCAAUGCCGACUUCAACUACUGCCUUGCAAAGGCUUGA